AUGACGAGUCGAUCGCGCCACGACGUGAGAAGACAGCUUUUUCGCGGCAUCACGACACGAAUUUCGUCGCACAACUACAAUGGGGCCAAAGAGGAGGACAAGGAACAAAUCACAACACAGCAAUCCACGCAACCGCGAAGCGGUGACGGGAGCCGGCGUGGGGUUCUACGGGGAACCAGUGAGAUCACGCCGACGUUGGCGACGAAAUCGAACGUGAUGACGCUAACUCCCAGCAACACCUACUCAUCCACCAGCUUGGUGUCGGGCUCGACCGACAUCAACGGAACGGACGUCAGCGACAAGGUUUCUCUGCGGCAAAAGAGCGAGGCCGAUAUGGACCAGUACGAUUACAAGACGUUUAGCACGAUUCAUCCGCUGCGGCUAUCGAAGAUACGGGCGUUUGAGCAGGCCGAGAUGGCCCACAAGAUGUAUUUUGCCAAGGACGAGGACAUCGAGCGCAAGAAAAAUUGUAUGAUAGUGCAGGUUCCCGGACUGACGCUGCGGGAGUCUCGAGAGCUGAGUGUUGACGCUGGGUUUGGCGAGAACGAUUCGCAGAUGGAGGAUACCCUCGAGUACGGGGUGUACGAGGACGACGACAGCGACGAGGACGAAACAAGCAUGGAGAAAGACGACCCGUUUGUGUCUGCAGACAAGCGACUACGGAUAAUGAAGAAUGCUUUGCGUCCCGUUACCGAGGAGCAACUGGUUGCAAAGAAGCUGAAGCGGUCGCCGCUGAACACGGUGUUCCAGACGAGUCCGCAGUUUCUGAAGGACCUGGAUUUGCAGGAAUUAGAGCUUUGGGAGUUAAUGAACGAGGAAUUCGAGAAGGAGAUGGAAUCUGCGGGCAUGGACAGUCGCGAGGCAGCCAAGCGGGAGACUCAGAUGACGUUUUUGGACACGCCGUUGGACUCGUUGUCGUCGGUGUUGACGCCCGAAUACUCGACGAUGGUGUUUGAUGGCCUGCGGCGUGUCAUCAGACGGGAUCUUGACCGCGACAGUGUUGGGUUUAAUGUUGGUACGGAAUAG